AUGAGAAUGGAUGGUAAUUCUCUUGUUUGCUCUCAAAAACGGUUUGUUAUAGGAAGACGUCUAUCAAGAUAUUCCAAAUCACCGCUUAUCAUGCUAAAUAUUUAUCGAACGGUCGAAAAGGAAUAUUGUUCCAGUUGA